CCCCUCCACUCUGACAUGUGUCUAUUUAUUUACAUAAAAAAUAGCUGUUGUUUGAGGUGCUUUUUGUGAUUUUUCGAGGGUUUUCUCGCAAUUUUCCACUGUAAAAGUGUAUUUUCCGUGGCAUAGCAAUGCAUUCCACUGGACUGCAGUGUGAGAUUGUGCAAAAAAGUAUAGAAAAUGCGUAAAAGCGUGUUUGUUUGUUUUGGCUGAGUCCCGGACAAUUUGUCAGUUUUUUUUUUUUGGAGGGUAUCCGGCUCUUUUCCAGCGGGCUGUUUGUGGUGUGAUAAAUUCCAAGUAUGAAUCCCACAAGUCUAUAUGUAUCUGUGUCGCGUCUUGUCUUUCAAACGGACGCAUUGGAGCAGAAUUGGGGAGACCUUUUUAGGCUCAUUCCCUAUCUACGUCAAUCUCUAUCAUGCUGCGUCUGCGGCAAUCUCCUGAUGGAACCCUAUUCCCCUGACUCUCCAUGCCAGCACCAUGAGUGUAAGAUGUGCAUUGGCGGAAGGAAGAAUCUAAAGCCAUCUUGUACCUGGUGCAGGGAGUAUCAGAAGUAUGAGGAAAAUGUUCAGUUGAGGAUCCUGCUGCAGUGCUACAAAAGCCUGUGUGAGCAUAUCAAAUCCUCGGGAAUCUAUCAGAAUAUGCAGAAGCAGCUUCAGGCAGCAUCAAUGGUUAAUGGAAAUAGUGCUGGUACCAGUUUAAUUGACAUCAUUGAGGAAGGUGUGCGGUUUCAGGACAAUUUCAAGAGUACAGCUGGACUAACCAAAUCCGCCUAUUCAAUCCUGCCCUGUCUCUAUACUUCCAUCCCAGCCCCAUCGACCAUUCGGGAGACAAGUAAAGUGGUCGAAAGAGUCAGUGUUUGUCCCUCGACUGUCACUACGGCACCCUCAAUGCCCAGUACUCGGCCCCAAAUCCCAACUCCUCCCGUACAGCCAGCCAUCAAGACAGUGUCAAAUGGCUCAGCCAUGUACUCGGUCUUGUAUGCGGGAAAUGGCAACAAGAUAACCAUCAAGCGUAAGACAGCUGAACCGGCACCCGCUCCACCGCCUCCUCCACCAGAUCCCCAACAGAUCCUCCCGCCUAAGGCCACCCUGCCGUGCUUCAAGAAGCCUCUACAGGCUACGACAAAGGCAGCUGCCGCCGCGGCUAAAGCAGCCGCAAAGCGCAAGGGCUGCCGGUGUGGAAAUGCAACAGCCACGCCGGGAAAGCUGACUUGCUGUGGACAACGGUGUCCGUGCUAUGUAGAGUCCAAAGCAUGCCUGGACUGCAAAUGUCGCGGUUGCCGGAAUCCUCACAGGCCGGAUGGCUUCAAAGUGCGCCCGAGGAUCCCAGAACUGGAAAAUCUCGAGCUGAGUCUAGAUGCAGCAACAUCAAUGCCUGACUUCAGUGGCCAGUCUACGGAAACUUUUCACACGAUCGAUCAGGAAUGCACCAUUGACCACAAUCCACCCAGUCCAGUUGUCUUCACAUCCACCAGCAUCCAAGGGAACAUUCAAGUGUUGAACGUGUACUCGGGGAGUCUGUCACCAGCUUCAACGACUGUCCCUGCAAUUUUAAUGAGCGAAACUCCAGCUACUUCAUCAUCGUCAAUCUCUUCAAUUUCCUCAGCCAGUUCAAGCUCAACAUCUUCCUCAACUUACGCACUUAAAGACAACUAUGGCCUGUUGAAUGCGGUUUUUGCAGAGGAAAUUGUCGAUUCCCAGGAUUCCCUGCUGACAGACGAUGACUCUCGUGGGCAGCCCUCAGAAGAGGACGAUAUGGAACAGAGUGAUGUUGAGAUUGAUGUGUAAGAAGCAUUUAAAAAAAAAAGAAAUAGGAGGAAAUCGACAGGAAGUGCAAUCUUUUUGUGUGGGAAUAGCCAAAAAAAAAAUUAAGAAAACUUUAAGAAAAUGAAUCCAUUGAUGUUGAAGAAGAAUUUUCUAAAGAAAAAAAAUCUCCUAAGUGUGAAAGUAGAAAGAAAACCUCUUUUAGCGAAGAAAAAAAUUGACUAGUUUUUUUUUUGCUUUUUUACCGAGAUAAAAAGAAACAUUCAUUUUUACAAUUUUAUGCUUUUAAAACACAAAAGAAAAAAAAUAUUGUGAAUCCAGUUUUGUACACAUGCAUCAUGUUGGAAAAUAUUUGGAGUUUAAAGAGAAGAAAAAAAUACACGUAAAUUGUUGUUUAGGUGGGAUUUAAAAAAAAAUAUUAAAUUGAAAAACAGAUACACAAAACUACAAAAAAAAUUGUAAAUUAUUUUUUAUAAUAAAAAUAAGGCUCUAUUGUAAGAUUUCCAUCUAUCAAAGUCACAA